CCACUCCGCUCCUACACGGAGUCUUGCUUGCCAUAGAGAUGCGCCAUGCCAGUUCCAGAGCGUCGCAAACAAGAACCCCGGAAGUCGGCCUCGGAUAGUGGAGUUCUAACGCUCUAGGUUGCGGAGGGGGUGGGGGAGGGCGGAAAGAAAUAAGAUAAUUCUUUUCCACCCCCUCACCGUUAAAGAGCUGAAGAAUGGCGCAAACGGACUUCCCAAAUGUGACCCAUGAUGUAUUCAAUUUCACCCUUCAUACCACCCUGGCCCUCACCACAAAACUAGUGCUUCCUACACCUGCCAAACCAAUCCUUCCAGUACAAACUGGCGUCCAGGCUCAACAAGAAGAACAGUCAAGUGGCAUGACUAUAUUCUUUAGUCUCCUUGUACUAGCUAUUUGCAUCAUAUUGGUGCAUUUAUUGAUAAGAUACAGACUGCAUUUCUUGCCAGAGAGUGUUGCUGUUGUUUCUCUAGGUAUCUUGAUGGGUGCUGUUAUAAAAAUUAUAGAAUCUCAAAAGCUGGCCAACUGGAAGGAAGAAGAAAUGUUUCGUCCUAAUAUGUUUUUUCUUCUUUUACUUCCGCCAAUUAUAUUUGAAUCUGGGUAUUCAUUGCACAAAGGGAACUUCUUCCAGAACAUAGGCUCCAUCACCUUGUUUUCUGUGAUUGGGACAGCUAUUUCAGCUUUCAUAGUUGGCGGAGGAAUUUAUUUUCUUGGUCAGGCUGAUGUAAUUUACAAACUGAAUAUGACUGACAGUUUUGCCUUUGGUUCCUUGAUCUCUGCUGUUGAUCCAGUAGCUACUAUUGCUAUCUUUAAUGCUCUUAAUGUGGACCCUGUGCUUAACAUGCUGGUCUUUGGAGAAAGCAUGCUCAAUGAUGCAGUUUCAAUUGUCCUGACAAAUACAGCAGAAGGUUUGACGAGAGAACAUACAUCUGAUGUAAGUGGAUGGCAAACCUUUUUACAAGCACUGGCUUACUUUUUGAAGAUGUUCUUUGGUUCUGCAGCACUGGGGACUCUGACUGGUCUUAUUUCUGCAUUAGUACUAAAACAUAUUGAUUUACGAAAAACUCCUUCCCUGGAGUUUGGAAUGAUGAUUAUCUUUGCAUAUCUUCCUUAUGGACUUGCAGAAGGAAUUUCUCUCUCAGGUAUCAUGGCUAUCUUGUUUUCCGGCAUCGUAAUGUCUCACUAUACCCAUCAUAAUCUUUCUCCGGUUACACAGAUCCUAAUGCAGCAGACUCUGAGAACUGUUGCAUUCAUGUGUGAAACAUGUGUUUUUGCAUUUCUGGGCCUGUCAAUUUUUAGCUUUCCUCACAAGUUUGAAAUGUCCUUUGUCAUCUGGUGCAUAGUGCUUGUCCUUUUUGGUAGAGCGGUCAAUAUUUUCCCCCUCUCUUAUUUGCUCAAUUUCUUCCGUGAUCACAAGAUCACUCCCAAAAUGAUGUUCAUCAUGUGGUUUAGUGGAUUACGUGGGGCAAUUCCGUAUGCCUUGAGCCUCCACUUGGGCCUGGAACCAAUUGAGAAGCGGCAGUUGAUUGGCACUACUACAAUCAUCAUUGUGCUGUUCACAAUCUUAUUGCUCGGUGGAGGAACAAUGCCUUUAAUCAGGCUGAUUGACAUUGAAGACUCUAAAGCCCGGCGGAAGAACAAGAAGGAUAUCAAUCUCAGCAAAACAGAGAAAAUGGGAAACACCAUUGAAUCUGAACACUUAUCUGAACUGACAGAGGAAGAAUAUGAAGCUCAUUAUAUAAAGCGGCAGGAUCUCAAAGGCUUUAUGUGGCUUGAUGUCAAAUAUUUGAAUCCUUUCUUUACCAGACGGCUCACCCAAGAGGACCUACAUCACGGACGCAUACAGAUGAAAAGCCUCACGAACAAAUGGUAUGAGGAGGUACGACAAGGACCUUCUGGAUCAGAAGAUGAUGAGCAGGAGUUGCUGUAACAGGCUGUUGGUGUGCACGCUUCUGCUGACAUCUCCAACUUUAAUUUUAAGGCCGACACUCUUAUACACACAUACCAUGCACAACUUGGUAUGGUUGUUUUCAAGUGACUCUUUGUCUAGUAUAAAGUUGUGUCAUGUGCUGAAUGCAAGAUCAUCUCUAAUGCCAAUUUUUUUUUACUCUUUUGAAAUUAUGGCACCUGUUCAGGCAGCAAUUAUCCCAAACACAUUAGGAUAGUUAAUGGAUAAUAGGGUAAUUGGAAACAUGGGUGGCACUGUCUGUGAGUUUCUGCUGUAAAUGUACGUUAAAGAAAAUUCUGUAGAAGAGCUUUAAAAAAAGUUUAGUGCACUUUACUGUACUUUUGCCAAUAUACUAGCCCUGAACUGGAAGGACAAUGCUGUGAAUUUGUAUUGACAAUGAGCAAGUAAGUGAAUAUUUAAGGCCUAUCUCUACAUUGCUCUUUAAAUAUUUAAGGAACUCAGGGUACAGAAUGACAAAAGACAGAAACAGCUAAUGAAAGCCCCUUGGCCUUUGGGAUUUCUAGAAAUGUUUGUUCCAAUUUGUUAUUUCUGAGUUUGAAACAACUUGACACAUAAUUCCAUACUAUAACUUCAGAUCAUUUGGUUCCAGAAUAAAGCUUUAUUUGAAAUCUAUCAAGCUUAAUUUCCACCCUUCUCAUUCCCUUCCUUUGAGAACAGCUCCAUAGCACAAGUUUGGAUGGGUGGUUUGAAGCCAGAGCAUAGAAGAAGCAAAUAAAGAAGGAGUUCCUUUUUCUGGGAAAACCCUAAGACUGGAAACAAUUCAGCUGCUUUUUUAUUAGUCACAGAUUGGCCUUUACAUACUGUCUAAUUUUUUUGCUUGCAGAACCAUGUGUACUCAUGCAAAACAAAAAAAUCAUACAAUGACUGUACCUUUUUAAAAAGCUGGGUGGGGAAUAUUACUGGAACUUUGCUAUGAGUAAAAAACAUUGGUCGAUGGAUUAUUAUUACACUAAAAGUGAGGGGAAAACGAUGCAUUUCUUUUCCACCUGAGGAAAAUGGAGAUAUUUUUGCAAACCACAUAAAUUCCCAUUUGUAUUCCAAACUGGUACAGCCUUAGAAAGCUUAUUCCACAUGAUUUUUCCUCAUACACAAAACUGUCUCAAGAUUCACUGCAUAUAGAAAGGAGUACGGAGUCCCUAGACAGUCCCUUAUCCUCAGUUGCUUGUAAUAGGCGUGGCCCAUCACCCCUAUAAAACAAACAUAACUAAAUAUUCCUCAUGUAACUAAUCCUAACCUUGUUUCUUUUGCCAUGCUGUCAUGGCAGACUGAUAAAGCUUGCACAAAUGUUCUUUUACGAACAUGUUCUCAGUAACAUUGUGCAAUAUUGAGAGCAGGAAUGCUGCAGUAGGUGCACUUCAGAUCAAUUAAUUCAAAAGGUGUGAGGAAAGGAAAUAAAACUGAGUCAUUCUAUAGGAGCCAAAGGGACACUAUUCUUGAUGCCAGAUUCUGCUGGGGAUACAUGCCAGGACUGUUCUGAAGCCAAGUGAAUGAGGAUGUCUCUUAUUUUUUUCCCUGCAGAGUAGGGAUAUAUUAUUACUUCACAUUGUGAAACAUUAGCUAAGUUUGGCAUUAAAUAAAUGUAUUCAAUAACAGUAGGCAAGUUUGGCAUUAAAUAAAUGUAUUAAAUAACAUUAGGCAAGUUUGGCAUUAAGUUAAAUGCAUUAUUUCAGUUUAUAUGAUUCCCCAUAUAAAUUCAUGACUCUGAGCAUGUGGGAAUUAAAAGCUAUAGAAAAACAUAAAGCAGUAUAAAAAAACUUGCAUAAAUAAAAGCAGUAGCUGAGGUUAAAAAAACAAAACAAAAGCAAAACUACUAUCAGUAAUGAAUACAACCACUGCAUGGGCUUGGCUUUGCAUCUAGAUCCCCAAGCUUGAUUACACUUUCACAAAUUUAGAGUGAAAUUAGCCCUGAAGAUUGCAGAUGGUGCUUUAUCAUCCAACUGUGGCAGAAUGCUUGCUCAAUUACCAGCGUGCAAGCAUAGUUCACCCAUCUCUUUUGAGGUUUAUGCUGUAUUUCGGACAACUAUCUUAAAUGACAAGGUCAAAAUACACUAAAUACUCGAUUUCAUGUAAAUAGACUUCUGAAUUUCUUAAAAAAAUACUGGAAUAUAAAUAUAGUAGAAAUGCAGUUUAGCUUACCCAACUAUUUAGGCACAUGUAGACUUCUCUGGUAGUAGUAACAGAAGAAUCUGCAUUCUAUUAAAGAAGCUUAUUUAGAACUCCUAGCCAGUCCUCUAGCAAAAAAUAUUGGAUUAAAGCUCUCAUAAUCCCCAAUCAGCAUAACCAAUACAGUUGUAGAAUAUAAGGGUUGGAAGGGACUUGAACAUCAUUUGGUCCAACCACCUGAACACCAAUAAGCACUCUCAGCAGAUGGCCAUCUACCUUCUAUUGAAACACUUCCACUGAAGGACAGUCCAUUGUCUUCUGAGGCAAGUGGUUCUUUUAUUGAACAGUUAAUAUUAGAAAAACAUUCUGAUUUCCAAUCCAUGAUUUCUUGUUCUGUAUUCUUGAACAGUACUGAUCAUAAUGUACACGACAGACCAUCAGAUACUGAAGACAUCUGUCAUGUUUUUCCACAAUAUACUCAACAAUUCCAAUAAUUUCUCAGAAUUUUUUCCUUCCCCUUCCUCUUCCUCUUAUCCCCUUGGUUAUUUUCCUGUGGCACAUUCAAGUUCAUUAAUGUUCAUUUUGAACUGCUGAGCUGGAACUGGGCAUAAUAUUCUAGGAAUGGACUCGAGGAAAUUUAUAUUGAUUACAAUAUCAGGUAUUCCCAAACUACUCAACUCAUGUUUUAGGACAAAUCACGGUUAUAAAAUAGGUUUGUGUGUUAGCUUCAUGAUGAAGAUGAAGAUGGUGUAAUAUCCUGGCCAAGCUUUCCCUAAGCAUGUUUUCAUAUGUGUAUGGCUACAACUUUCAAAGUUUCCCAGAAGUGUUGAUUCUGGGACUUUGGGAAGUUGUCAUUCCAAUGUAUCUGGGGUACUUCAGUUUGGUGAAGGCAAUUCUAACUAUUGAUUAUAAAAUAAAUUGUUCUGUAUCUAAUGGAGAAAAGUACAUCUUAUAAAACCUUGGGGCCCAUAUGAAGCAUUCAAUUACUGGAUAAUGCCAAAGUCUGUUCUUUGAUAACUCAAGUAUUUUAAGGAAUAAAAUCAUGCUGAAAGUUU